AUGCAAUUUUUCGAUCAGAUUAAGUCGAAUUGCAGCAGCAAAGUUAUUGAAAACUUUAUUGUGCUAUUCGCUAAAAAUUGUCAGAACAUAAUCAAGCCGAUUUUAAUUAAAGCGAUACGACAGGCGAUGUCUGAACAGGCAGGCACUCAAGAGAAUUUCAUUCUCUCAAUAUUUCUUCGAUCAUCGAUCGGAUUAUGUUUGCAAGAAGCAAAAAAAGAAACAACGUCGUGCGCGGAUGAAUUGAUGAGAAGUUGUGAAGUGGAGAGUAUCAGAUCACUGGCGAUUAGUCAUCAAAUUGUAGUCACAGCCAGCUUGACUCCAAUAACAAAAUCUGGUUUUUUGCGACUGUUUCGUAUGACGCAGUUCUGA